AUGCUUACAGAGAAAAACUUCAUCACAGACUCCACACACCGCAUCAGAUGCAGACCCACCUUCCGCUCGCCAGACUCCCUAAAACACCACCUCAGGUACAAGCAUGCUGUCAGUUACAGGUUGCAUUGGAUUUCACUGUGGAUGUUGUUCAUACCGUCUUUCAUUUUCAUUGCCUUGAGAAGUGAAAAUCAAUUCCAGUGUUAACAAGACAAUGUGAAUCUCCUAGGAUACUCCCAGUUGGACAGGUGACCCUCCCAAGUCUUGAGGUGGACCCUAUGGAGAAUUUCAACUGCCGGUACCCCCCGAUGUGGACCCUGAGUCCAGGGAACCCCUUUUCCAUGCUGGAGGUUCCCCCUGGGACGCUGGUUUACAGGACGGUCCACGACCUGUUCCACAGAACCAUGCCAGAGAGCCAGGCCCAGAUCACCAGCCUGCAGCAGGUCCAAAACACCUUCCAGUGGGACAAGUAUAGAAUGUAAGACUUGCCUCAAUAACAUUCUGCACUUCAAAUACAUAAUAAAUACAUUAAAUUGAUUCCAAUGGAGGGUUGUAUUGUUGAUUGUGUUUUCCAGGCAGAAGAAGCACAUGGAGGACACGCAGGACAAUUGUAGCGUGGUCCUGGAGAGACACCUGUUCCAUGGAACAUCCGAGAGCGCCGCCAUGGACAUCGGCCGACAGAACUUCGACCCGCGCGUGGCGAAACCCACUAGUCAUUACGGCCGUGGCGUUUACUUUGCCCGCGAAGCUCUGCGGUCCAGCCUCUACUCCAUCAGAGGGCCGGGGGGAGACUUUACAGACUGUGGGUUCAUGUUCCUGGCUAAGGUGCUUGUGGGUAAAGCCUGUGUAGGAAAGAUUGACUAUGUCCGUCCCCCUCGACUCCCCAACCCCACUAAGUUAGGACGGCAUCACUACGAUUCCUGUGCGGAUCAGAAGCAUCCUACCAUAUUUGUUGUGUUUGACAGCAGCCAGUGCUACCCCUACUACCUCAUCAAUUACAAAGUCCUGGGAAACAAUGGCAGUGCUGUGUGA